ACGGAUGUAGGCGAGUCGAGGUUCCGUUGCAUAGUCGGUGCGUGUCUCCUCUCCCCCAAAUCUGAGAUAUGUACCCGAGCAUCAGCGCUGCCUUGGUGUACGACUCAGUAAGACUCAUCGACUGCUGAGUAUCUGCUCAGUUUUUUAUCGGUAGACUGUAAAAAACAUUCUCCGGUCAAUUGUAUUGAAGGGCUUUCACUUCGAGGAGUUGACAGUCUUCCCACGGCGCGAUACAGUUAAUUAUUUAAUUGCGUGGACGUGUCGUGUCAGAUUUCUUCUAUUUUGCGUGUAGCCGCGGCGCUAGUUAUUGCAAGUUUAUAGGACAUUGACAAACGUGUCACAGAGCAUUGGUACGCUUUUUCUCCACAAUUUAGAAAAAACAAGUUAUACAAGAGAAGGCUGGGGACCGCCACACACGGUCCUAACGCUGGUCGAGUACCUGUUCGCAUCGCCGUAGAGCGCAGACUCUUGGUUCAAUGGUUCAGAAUUCACCAGUUUCUGUAUUCUAUGACAUGAUGGACAAGCUUUUAUUAGAACAAGGUUCAAAAUCGGCCUGUUUCUGUUGAUCAAGCAAGACCAUCCCCGGGUUACGCUGUGGCCUUGAUUUUACGCAUUUUUUCUCUUCGUUGACCGAAGCAAAGAAGAUCGAUCCACAAACCCGAGCAGACCUUUAUUUAUUUUUUGAAUAUAGAGUCUUUAUCGUAAAGCACUCGCCCGGUUGAGUGAUGGUUGUGAACACCAUCCACUGGUUUAGGAAGGGCUUGCGGCUCCACGACAACCCGGCGCUCGAGGACUGCAUCCAGGGAGCGGACACGGUGCGCUGCGUCUACAUCCUCGACCCCUGGUUCGCGGGCUCCUCCAACGUGGGGAUCAGCAGGUGGAGGUUCCUUCUGCAGAGUCUGCAGGACCUGGACGCCAGCCUGCGUAAGCUCAACUCCAGGCUGUUUGUGAUCAGGGGCCAGCCCACAGAUGUCUUCCCCCGGCUCUUCAAGGAGUGGGAGAUCCGCCGGCUGUCGUACGAGUACGACUCGGAGCCCUUCGGGACGGAGCGCGACGCGGCCAUCAAGAAGCUGGCCUCCGCGGCGGGGGUGGAGGUGACGGCGCGCAUCUCGCACACGCUCUACGACCUCGACAGGAUCAUAGAGCUGAACGGCGGUCAGUCCCCCCUCACCUACAAGCGCUUCCAGACUCUGAUCAGCCGCAUGGCGCCGGUGGAGCUCCCGGCCGACGCCAUCAGCUCUACCUGGAAGUGCAGCACGCCGCUGGCGGACGACCACGACGACAAGUUCGGCGUCCCCUCCCUGGAGGAGCUCGGGUUCGACACGGAGGGGCUUCUGUCUGCGGUGUGGCCCGGGGGGGAGACGGAGGCUCUGACCCGGCUGGAGCGGCACCUGGAGAGGAAGGCGUGGGUGGCUAACUUUGAGCGCCCGCGGAUGAACGCCAACUCGCUGCUGGCCAGCCCGACGGGCCUCAGCCCCUACCUGCGCUUCGGCUGCCUCUCCUGCCGCCUCUUCUACUUCAAGCUCACCGACCUCUACCACAAGGUGAAGAAGAACAGCUCCCCCCCGCUGUCGUUGUAUGGCCAGCUGCUGUGGCGGGAGUUCUUCUACACGGCCGCCACCAACAACCCGUCCUUCGACAAGAUGGAGGGCAACCCGAUCUGCAUGCAGAUCCCGUGGGACCGCAACGCCGAGGCGCUGGCCAAGUGGGCCGAGGGCCAGACGGGGUUCCCCUGGAUCGACGCCAUCAUGACCCAGCUGAGGCAGGAGGGCUGGAUCCACCACCUGGCGCGCCACGCCGUGGCCUGCUUCCUGACCCGCGGAGACCUCUGGGUCAGCUGGGAGGAGGGCAUGAAGGUGUUCGAGGAGCUGCUGCUGGACGCUGACUGGAGCGUGAACGCGGGCAGCUGGAUGUGGCUCUCCUGCAGCUCCUUCUUCCAGCAGUUCUUCCACUGCUACUGCCCCGUGGGCUUCGGCCGGAGGACCGACCCCAACGGAGACUACAUCCGACGCUACAUUCCAAUCCUGAAAGGCUUCCCGGCCAAGUACAUCUACGACCCCUGGAACGCGCCGGAGAGCGUGCAGAAGGCGGCCAAGUGCAUUGUGGGCGUGCACUACCCAAAGCCCAUGGUGAACCACGCUGAGGCCAGCCGGCUCAACAUCGAGCGCAUGAAGCAGAUCUACCAGCAGCUGACCUGCUGCCGCGGCCUGGGCCUGCUGGCUGCGGUUCCAUCCAGCGCCACCGGGGGCAGCGAGGCGGCGUCCGGCCUGCUGGGGUUCACCGUGGAGGGCGCCCACGGAGCCAGCACCCCCUCCGGUUACCAGAGUGCGGUGACCCCCUCCCAGGGUGACUGGCAGAGUGCUGUGAUGACGUACUCCCAGGACGAGGCCCAGAGCACGUCGGGCCCCCAGCAGACAGCUCCUGGACACUCACCCCUAGCUCCUGGAUACUCACCCCCGGGCAGCAGCUUGAUGUACUACCCCCAGCCAGCCCUCCCUGCAUUGACACAAGGAGUCCGGAACCCCCUUCAGACCGGUGGGAAGCGCCCCAGUGAGGACCACGGCGCUGGGACCGGCUCCAAGGUCCCGCGGCAGUGCAGCCACUGAACAGGAGUGUCAUCAGCCGUGACCCCCACGCUGUCCUUGGUGAAGAAGCAGACAUGGCCCCCGUUGGACGGCCGGCAGCCGGCAGCUCUUAAGAGUCCGAUUGAUUAUCCUACACGGACUCAAAGCACGCAGUGUGGGGGUCCCACACUAACGCACUCAUCCCCCAAAACCGACCGGCCCCCAGAACCAACAACCGACUCCACAUCAACUCUGCAUGGUCUCUUUUUGGUCGGGGCCCACCUAUUUAUGUUUAUAAAAAGGAGAUUUACUCAUUCCUCAUUGCAUACAACCCUGUACAUAUGUGAUAUUGUAUGUGUUUCUCUUUGUUCUUGUGUCGCCAUAGAUCCACUGAUAUAUUUUUGAUAUUUCAAAAAAAUGAAUAAUAAUAACGGUGGAUUUGAUUUUGUUUUGGGCAAUUUAAAUACGAAGCAAAGACCAAUCUGGAUGGUUCCACUGCUUCUGGGACGUGGUGGGACACAGCAGUCUCACGAUGCAUUCUAUAGGAGACUUGUCUCCUCCUCCCCCCCUCCUCCUCCUCCUCCU